UGGAGGAAAGUAGCAUUUGGUGGCCUCACCUCAGCCUGCGGCUUUCAGAUCCAGGGCAAUUACCAACUGCUGUGGCGAUGGGAGUGUGCCGGGAGCUGUGAUCUGUGGUCCCAACUCCCAUUACAACCUAAGAAGCCAAUAAUGUUGUGUCAACAAGGCUGAGGGCCAAAACCUCCAGCCCUUUGAUAAUGCUGGAGUCUAGUGGGAACCAGGUGGCUGGGUUCCAGAGCUUCUGUCACCCCGGAAUCAACCUUCCUGGGCCUCGGGGGAUCUGAGUCAGAGACAGGCCACUUCCCCUGGAUUCCUGAUGGAUCCCUGGGGGCUGCUCCUUCCUUGGCUGUAUCCCUGAGUCUCCUAGAAGGAGAGAGUCCCAGAGACUGGGCCGAGACAAUCAGACCUGAGCUCGAGGAGAAGGCAGACGAGGAUCGCAGCUGCCCGGCCCGUCCUACACCCCUUCUCCCUCCUUAGUCUCCAAAGCCCCCAGAGUUCACCUGGAGGUGCCACAUCUGUCCCAAUCCCUGGGGCUCCAGCCCCUUGGGGGAUCUGCAUCCCAGCAUGUCGAUAGCUGUGGAGACCUUCGGCUUCUUCAUGGCAGCCCUGGGACUGCUGAUGCUGGGGGUGACCCUACCAAACAGCUACUGGAGAGUGUCUACCGUCAAUGGGAACGUCAUCACCACCAACACCAUCUUUGAGAACCUGUGGUACAGCUGUGCCACUGACUCCAUGGGCGUCUCCAACUGCUGGGAGUUCCCUUCCAUGCUGGCCCUCUCUGGGUAUGUCCAGGGCUGCCGUGCCCUCAUGAUCACUGCCAUCCUCCUGGGCUUCCUGGGCCUCUUUCUGGGCAUGGUAGGGCUGCGCUGCACCAACGUGGGAAACAUCGAUCUCUCCGUGAAGGUCAAGAUGCUGGCCAUUGCAGGAACCUUCCACAUCCUUGCUGGUACCUGCGGGAUGGUGGCUAUCUCCUGGUACGCCGUCAACAUCACUACUGACUUCUUCAACCCCUUGUAUGUUGGAACCAAGUACGAGCUAGGUCCUGCUCUCUACUUGGGCUGGAGUGCCUCCCUGCUCUCCAUUCUGGGUGGCAUUUGUCUCUUUUCCACCUGCUGCUGCGCCUCCAAGGAGGAACCAGCCACCAGGGCCAGGCUUCCCUAUAAGGCUUCUACGGUCGUGAUACCCAAAACCACUUCGGACGAAAGCAAUGUCAGCUUUGGCAAAUAUGGCAAAAACGCCUACGUGUAGGAGCUCUGGCCCGGUGGAUGCCGUUUCCUGCCCUCCUGUCCCCAGCGGAAAAGUGUCCCCAGGAUGCUCGGACCAGUCUCCAGUUGAUGACCUCACGGCAGGCCAUUUCCAGGCACCACCCUGUGCCUGGAAGCCAUGACCUGCUCUGGGUAUACCUUCUCUGGCACUCCAGCCUCCCCCAGGAACAGAAGCCGCGGGGGGGCAACUUGCAUGGCCUCCUACAGCUGGACCCAAGGGGACAGAGGUGUCUGCAGCUUGUGAUGCCAUAUAAAUACAUGCAUAAAUAAAUGUAUAUUGUGAUUGUU